AUGGAUCCCAACAGGAUCAUCCAGGCUCUGAAGGGCACCAUAGACCCCAAGCUGCGCAUCGCCGCCGAGAACGAGCUCAAUCAGUCCUAUAAGAUCAUCAAUUUUGCUCCAAGUCUACUGCAAAUCAUAGUAUCAGAUCAAGUUGAAUUUCCAGUGCGUCAAGCAGCUGCCAUUUACCUGAAGAACAUGGUGACACAGUACUGGCCGGACCGUGAACCACCUCCUGGAGAAGCAGUAUUUCCAUUCAACAUUCAUGAAAAUGAUCGUCAGCAGAUUCGUGAUAACAUUGUAGAAGGAAUAAUUCGUUCUCCCGACUUAGUGAGAGCCCAGCUGACAAUGUGCCUCCGUGCUAUCAUUAAACAUGACUUUCCCGGCCAUUGGACAGCCGUGGUAGACAAGAUAGGCUACUACUUGCAGUCUCAGAACAGUGGGAGUUGGCUUGGGAGCCUCCUGUGCCUGUAUCAGCUGGUGAAGACUUAUGAAUACAAAAAAGCAGAGGAGCGAGAUCCUCUCAUUGCAGCAAUGCAAAUAUUUUUGCCUCGGAUUCAGCAGCAGAUGAUCCAGCUUCUGCCUGAUAACUCCCAUUACUCUGUGCUGCUUCAGAAACAAAUCUUAAAAAUCUUCUAUGCUCUUGUUCAGUAUGCAUUGCCACUCCAGUUGGUGAAUAACCAGACUAUGACUCAGUGGAUGGAGAUCUUCCGUACUAUCAUUGAUAGAAAUGUACCUCCGGAGACUUUGCAAAUUGAUGAAGAUGAUAGACCGGAGCUGGUGUGGUGGAAAUGCAAGAAGUGGGCAUUGCAUAUCGUAGCUCGUCUUUUUGAACGGUAUGGAAGUCCUGGAAAUGUAACUAAAGAAUACUUUGAAUUCUCAGACUUUUUUUUAAAAACCUACGCUGUGGGCAUACAACAGGUUCUCUUAAGAAUCUUAGACCAAUACAGGCAAAAAGACUAUGUUGCGCCACGUGUUCUUCAGCAAACAUUAAACUAUCUGAACCAAGGGGUUAUUCACUCUGUAACAUGGAAGCAAAUGAAGCCACACAUACAGAGUAUAACAGAAGAAGUGAUAUUCUCUCUAAUGUGCUACAAAGAUGAGGAUGAAGAGCUCUGGCAAGAGGAUCCAUAUGAAUAUAUCCGCAUGAAAUUUGAUGUAUUUGAGGAUUAUGCAUCCACUACAACAGCAGCACAGAAUCUCCUUUAUACUGCUGCGAAGAAGAGAAAAGAGGUAUUACCAAAAAUGAUGGCAUAUUGCUACCAGAUUCUGACAGAGCCAAACAUUGAUCCAAGGAAAAAAGAUGGAGCUUUGCAUGUUAUAGGAUCCCUAGCAGAUAUUUUACUGAAGAAGAGUGUCUUCAAGGAUCAAAUGGAGCUGAUGUUACAGAAUCAUGUAUUUCCAUUGUUCAUGUCUAACCUGGGGUACCUCAGAGCUAGAUCGUGUUGGGUACUUCAUUCAUUCAGUGCUUUGAAAUUUCACAAUGAGCUAAACUUGAGGAAUGCAGUAGAGUUGGCAAAAAAGAGCCUGAUUGAUGAUAAGGAAAUGCCUGUCAAAGUAGAAGCAGCCAUAGCUCUUCAAACGUUAAUAAGCAAUCAAGAGCAAGCCAAGGAAUAUGUGAAGCCUUAUGUAAGGCCAGUUAUGCAAGAGCUCUUGCACAUUGUUAGAGAGACGGAAAAUGAUGAUCUUACUAACGUAAUCCAGAAGAUGAUCUGUGAGUACAGUCAGGAAGUAGCUACUAUCGCCGUUGACAUGACUCAACACCUGGCUGAAAUAUUUGGUAAAGUACUUCAGAGUGAGGAAUAUGAAGAAGUAGAGGACAAAACAGUUAUGGCCAUGGGCAUCUUGCACACAAUUGACACUAUCCUGACAGUUGUGGAAGAUCACAAGGAGAUAACUCAACAGCUCGAGAGCAUUUGUUUACAGAUCAUUGGCCUCGUUUUGCAGAAACACGUUAUAGAGUUUUACGAAGAAAUUCUCUCCUUGGCCUACAGCUUGACGUGCCAGAUGAUUUCACCUCAAAUGUGGCAGCUUCUAGGUGUUCUAUAUGAGGUUUUCCAGCAGGAUUGCUUUGAGUAUUUUGCAGAUAUGAUGCCUCUCUUGCAUAAUUAUGUGACCAUUGACACUGAUACUUUACUGUCUAACCCAAAGCAUUUAGAAAUCAUUUAUGCUAUGUGUAAAAAGGUAUUAACAGGAGAUGCAGGAGAAGAUGCAGAGUGCCAUGCAGCCAAACUCCUAGAAGUAAUUGUUCUUCAAUGCAAAGGACGGGGUAUUGACCAGUGUAUUCCACUCUUUGUGGAGGCUGUUCUGGAGCGGUUAACUAGAGGAGUUAAAACAAGCGAGCUUCGUACCAUGUGUCUUCAGGUUGCCAUAGCUGCACUCUACUACAAUCCUGACCUACUUUUGCACACCUUAGAGAACAUCAGAUUUCCACACAAUCCUGAGCCCAUCACUGCACAGUUCAUAAACCAGUGGAUGAAUGACACAGACUGUUUUCUUGGACUCCAUGACAGAAAGAUGUGUAUAAUAGGACUGAGCAUCCUAAUGGAAUUGCAGAACCGACCGCCUGCAGUGGAUGCUGUGGCUGCCCAGAUUGUCCCUUCAAUUCUCCUCCUCUUCCUGGGCUUAAAACAAGUUUGCGCCUCACGAGAACUCACAGAACAUGAGGAUCAUGCUAAAGAUGAAAAACACGUUGCAGAAGAUAAUGAAGAGAUACCGAGUGAUGAGGAGGAGACAAAUGAAGUGAGCCAGGCGAUGCAGGAGAACCAUGGUGGAGGAGGAGGAGGAGGUGGUGGUGGUGGAGGUGGAGGUGGAGAGGAAGAGGAUGAAGAUGAUGAUGAUGAUGACUGGGAUGAAGAUGCAUUGGAAGAGACUGCUCUUGAAGGGUUCAGCACACCUCUUGAUCUUGAAAAUGGUGUUGAUGAAUACCAGUUUUUUACACAAGCACUUUUAGCGGUGCAGAGCCGAGAUGCAGCCUGGUACCAUUCACUGACAGCACCGUUGAGUGAGGAUCAGAAGAAACAGCUGCAGGAAAUUUAUACAUUAGCAGAACACCGUCGAAAGGCUGCAGAGACUAAGACAAUAGAACAACAAAGUGGCUACACAUUUGACAACAAAGGACUGAUCACAGCAUUUAACUUUGCUGGAAGUACUCCUGGUGGCAACUGAAGGAUCAGCUACAAAGGUCAAUGGGAAGGGUCUCAUCAUUACAUUUUCUUGAAAUCAUCGUGACUUCUGAGCGAUAGGGGAGGGUAAUUUAAUGCUGCUGAAGGUUUUCUGGAAAAUAGCAGUGUGCUUCCCCCACCUGAAUGCUCUUUCUAACCAGCUACUGUAAUGUACAAAUUCUUGUGGUGUUUUAUAAUUUGAUGGACUGAAAGGAAACAUUUGUCCUCAAGGAACCUGAAUGACUGGGAGGGGCCAGGCUGCAUCUAAUUGAGUUGCACUUCUCAGGUUUUUGCUGUGCAGAAUUGAUAGAUCCAUAUGGAUAACAGUGCCUUCUGUUGUACAUGGAUUGCCUGAACAAAUGGAUUUUGGAGUGCAUUAUAAUUUUUUAAGUGUAAGGACAUUUCUUGAUACACUGUAAGCCUUGGUUCCAUGUUUUCCAGUCACCUGCUUUUUACUACUCAGUUUAAUUGUUUGUUGGUUGCAUACACAUUGCUGGAUUCAGAAUAUUAUCUCAUCUUCCCUAUUUGGUGCAGACCAAAUGUGUAGAGGGAGGUGUCUGUUGGAGUUGCAAAGCAUACACUGGUUACGCCAAAGGGUCUUAACAAAAUUGCAGAUUUUCCCUUGAUGCAGUAGUCUUAAAUUAUUUCUCUUAGCCAUGAAAUCAACUCGCUUGAGUUAUGACGGCACACGUGGCAGGUGGCUACCCUAAAUCUACACUGAGAUUACCUCCUGCCUGGACAAGUGGCGUGGCCCUCGCAUGUAGAUGUUCUACAUGACAACUUUUUAUUUCCACUAUUUUUGAUGAAUAUUGGAUUUUACUUGGGAUUCUCUAAACCUCUUUUCUGUUUUUAUUCAUUCAUUACCAUUCCAGUGGUAGUACUGAAUAAUGUGGUACAAAAUAUUUACAGUAUUUUAUUUAUCUUGAUAGAAGAAAAACAGCUCCAAACUUAUUUCUUCUUACUCUUACACUUCUGUGAUUGAAUUUCUGGUCUGCAUUCCAUUUGGCUGUUCUUGUCCCAUGCUGAAAUUUCAUUAUCUGCCAGAUUUUUUCCUAAAUUUUGAAGACUGGUUUCUCAUAAAUUGAAACACAUAUAACAAGGUGUUUGUGAAUAUGUUCAUUUAGUGAGAAACUGAUAGCAGUACUAAUUUGAAUAGGUACCCCUCCUUUAGAUCUAUUGGGAUCGCAGUGGUGUAGCCAAAAUAAGUAGGAGUGCUUUAGAAUGUGACGUUUGGAUUGGAGAUAAAAUGUUUAGACCAGAUUUUGUCUCUAUGUGUUAAUUUCUUUAUGACUUACUUAAAAAUAUUUACCAGGCAAAUUUUAAGCACAUACUGGUAAUGUAUUUCUUUAGAGCAGUGCCCCAACUGAAAAGUCAAAGCCCUUCUCAUCCUCCAUCAAAUUUUCGACGACUGUAGCAAAUUAUAGAUUGCUGGCCCUGUACUGUGCUGAAGCUUUCAUUUUUUAUAUGUCAGGUAAUUAUAAUUCAGUCUGAUAAAUCUGAAGCACUCUACGCCUUGGCUUCUGGAAAAGGCCAAAGUGUCUCUGCCUGUUCCUUGCCCCAUCCCCUGGAAUUUUCUCAGCCUGGCAGCUGUGGGGCAGAAGGUUCCCCGCUGCUUUCCUUUUUCCUGCACCUUUGUGUCAGACUCUCUCUGGUG